AGGUCACAGAGUGGGGCGUGUCUGGUCGGUGAUUGGGAACUCCUCGUUGUAUAGAGACGGACGGAAAGGAGAGAUCGGAGAUGAGUGGUCCGGCCAGAGUGAUCGUGUGUCUGCUGAGGAAUGAUCUCCGCUUCCAUGACAACGAGGUACUGUUGUGGGCACACAGAAAUGCUGAUCAUAUCGUCCCUUUAUAUUGCUUUGACCCGAGACACUACCUUGGAACACAUCACUACAAUUUUCCAAAGACCGGGUCUCUUCGGUUGAAAUUUCUUUUAGAGAGUGUUAAGGAUUUACAGAACACUCUGAAGAAAAGAGGAAGCAAUCUCUUAUUGAAAAGAGGUCACCCAGAAGAUGUCAUUGAAGAUCUAAUCAAGAAGUUGGGCCCAGUGACUGCUGUUGCUUUCCAAGAAGAAGCAACAAAGGAAGAACUUGAUGUUGAAAAGUCCAUAAAGCAAGUCUGUACUCGUCAUGGGGUAAAAGUCCAAUCAAUCUGGGGGUCCACAUUGUACCACCGUGAUGAUCUUCCAUUCAGGCACAUCUCCAGUUUACCUGAUGUCUACACCCAGUUUAGGAAAGCUGUGGAAACGCAAUGCAAAGUGCGGCCUACCCUUCAGAUGCCAGAGCAAUUAAAAUCUUUACCAGGAGGCCUGGAGGAGGGUUCAGUUCCGACAAUAGAAGAUUUUGGACAGCAAGAUCCUUUAAGCGAUCCAAGAACAGCAUUUCCUUGCAGUGGAGGUGAAUCCCAGGCCUUACAGAGAUUGGAUUAUUAUUUCUGGGAUACGAAUCUUGUAGCUUCCUAUAAAGAUACACGAAAUGGACUAAUAGGAAUGGAUUAUUCAACCAAAUUUGCUCCAUGGCUUGCUUUUGGCUGCAUUUCCCCCAGAUAUAUCUUUGAGCAGAUCGGCAAAUAUGAGAAGGAGCGAACUGCAAAUCAAAGUACAUAUUGGGUGAUUUUUGAGCUUCUAUGGCGGGAUUACUUCCGUUUUGUGGCUCUAAAAUAUGGCAGGAGAAUUUUCUUUCUGAAAGGUCUUCAGGAUAGAGAUGUCCCCUGGAAGAAAGACCAACAACUGUUUGAUGCCUGGAAAGAGGGCCGUACCGGAGUACCCUUUGUUGAUGCCAAUAUGCGUGAGCUGGCAAUGACUGGAUUUAUGUCAAAUAGAGGGCGCCAAAAUGUGGCCAGCUUUCUCACUAAAGACCUUGGAAUAGACUGGAGGAUGGGUGCGGAGUGGUUUGAAUAUUUAUUGGUGGAUUAUGAUGUUUGCAGUAACUAUGGAAACUGGUUGUACAGCGCAGGAAUUGGGAAUGACCCUAGAGAGAAUAGGAAGUUCAAUAUGAUAAAGCAAGGGCUGGAUUACGAUGGGAAUGGCGAUUAUAUCCGACUGUGGGUUCCAGAAUUGCAGCAGAUUAAAGGCGGUGCUGUUCAUACUCCCUGGGCACUGAGUAGUUCUGCCCUGUCCCAUGCCAAUGUAACUCUUGGAAAGACCUACCCACUUCCAAUAGUCAUGGCACCAGAAUGGAGCCGACAUAUCAAUCAGAGGCCGGCUAGUGGUACUGCACCAGCAAAGAGAGGAAAAGGUCCAUCUUAUACACCUAAACAGCACAAGAACAGAGGAGUAGAUUUCUACUUUUCCAGGAAUAAAGAUGUUUGACACAAGAUAUGGCCGCUGAGGAUUCACUUGUAAUGGCUGCCAGAGACUUGGCCAGAAUUCUGAUGCGUUUUUAAUGACCUAUAAUGAAAAAGUAUACUUGAAAGCCAAGUUCAGCCAAAAUCACCAGUGGAUUAUAAGUGAUAUAUCUGUAUAGCCAUACAUUUAUAUAGCCUGCAUUUUUUAUUUUACACAUGGUAUAUUUGUGUUGCAUUCAUUCUAAACGGGAACCCAACACACACAUACAAUGUGAAGAAAUGCACCUUCUCUUCAGUGCACCAUAACACACAGGUGUAGUGUGUGUUGUGUGCUGCAUUGGGCAAAAAUAGUGCAGGUGCAUUUUUUUUUUUUUUUGUGCUUUGAGACUGUUUGGGCUACCCUAACCCAAUGUAUGUCAACACACAAAAAGAGUGUGGAACGGUGCAGGUACAUAUUAAAAGGUUCUUUAAAGCUG